AUGUGGAAACAGGGAUUUCAUUCCCAAUCAGAUGACUUAUCACAAGAACACUUGAUGGAUAACCAAAGGAGUCGGAUAUUUUGCAGAAAUACAGUCAUGAUAUUUUUCGUUGCCAUGAGAAAUAUUAUUAUAAAGAAUUACAAAUUAUGUACCUGGAAAUUGUCACAGAAUUCCUAUAACAGGAUUUGUGAAUUGAAAUCGUUGAACAGCCACAGAAAUAGGUCAGAUCUGAUAGCAGCGAGCAGAUUAUUUAAACCUGGCUCAUAUCAACUAUCCCUUUGUUGUACAUUCAUAAUAAUUCAAUUUUAUUCCACAACUAGUUUCUCUGAGGAUUUAAUAGUAUGGUGA